GGGGAGCCGUUGGUGUGGCGGUCGGAGGUCGGUGGUCGGUGGCCGCUUAUGCCGCCGGCCUGCGGACCGGAAGGCCAGGAGGGUGAGCCCGGCCCGGGUGGGCCCUCAGUUCCAUUGGCCGUAGAUGUUCGUGGGCGAGGAAUCCGGGGCGUGUGGAAGCGAGGUUCGAGCAUGAACAUGGCCGAAGGGGACACCCUGAUAUCGGUGGAUUAUGAGGUUUUUGGGAAGGUGCAAGGGGUGUUUUUCCGCAAGUACACGCAGGCUGAGAGUAAAAGGCUGGGAUUGGUAGGCUGGGUCCAGAACACAGACCAGGGCACAGUGCAAGGACAAUUGCAAGGUCCCAUCUCCAAAGUGCGUCAUAUGCAGGAAUGGCUUGAGACAAAAGGAAGUCCCAAAUCGCACAUCGACAGAGCAAACUUCAACAAUGAGAAAGUCAUCUUAAAGUUGGAUUACUCAGAUUUCCAAAUUGUAAAAUAAUGCCCUGAAUUCAAAUUUUCCAAGAGAAACUCAGAGGUUUUGCUUUUCUUGUUAAUAGAGAUAGAAUUAUUCUGAGUAAUAUUAGAAUUUGUCAGUAAGUUAUUUUAUUUUUAGAUACCUGAAUGUUACUAUGUAUGAUGGAAGGAAUGAUUACAGCUGUACACAAUUCUAAUAAAAACACAUCAGAACCAUC